AUGUUCAGGGGGCCGCUUGAAAAAGCGUCAAGGGCAUGCAUAGCUGUCAAAGGUUUGGUUGCGAUUUUGGUGCUUAAGCUUUGCUCCAGGGAAAGAUUAGAGGUUGUAAUUGCCUCGACUUAUUUUCCUGGCGAUGCGGAUGGAUCCCCGCCUCCCAGAGAGGUGGAGAUUUUAAUUCAGCACUGCCAGGAGAACAGUAUUCCUCUGCUGUUGGGAUGUGAUGCGAACUCUCACCAUACGGUGUGGGGGAGCAUAAAUGUUAAUGGCAGAGAAAGAGAUUUGAUCGAAUACCUAGCGGGCACUGACAUGGAGAUUCUGAUUCGAGCUAAACCUGUGGUUUCAAAAAUCAGAAACCCUAGAAAUACACUCUGGGACUCAUAUAAAGAGGAACUCAGAGGAAAGCUAGUGGAAUUUCCCAAAAACUACGGCAGCAUUGAUGAGUUAGAGCACGCCGUGGAUUUUCUACGAAGAGCUCUGACUACAUCGUAUGAAAACAAUUGCCCUACAAGCACAGUUAAGUCUAGGAAAGGAGCAGAAUGGUGGAAUACGCACCCGGAGAAACUCCGCAAAAAGACAAGAGCACUGUGCAAUAGGGAAAAUAGAACUAAGUUGGCUUCAAACUGGGACAUCUAUGAAGACAGAAGGCGCUUCUGUGAGGAAUUUAAAGAUAUUCCGGAAACAGCAAGGCUCUACAAAAUCCUAGCGAAAACCGCGGAAGCUCGCCUCCGGCUUAUAAGGCUUGAAAAUGGCGGGUUUGGCGAAGACGAAGAAGCAACGCUGAGCUGCCUGCUGGAAGUUCGCUCCCUGGAUUUUCGACGAAUUCAAACCGACCUAGAGGGAGAAGAAUGGGGCCAAGAGUUGAGGAGGGCCGAUUGGAGUUUCGCCUCAAAGAUCGUAGACAGCAAAAAGGUGGAAUUGGCCGUGGGUUCCUUCUGCCCCUGUAAAUCACCAGGGGCGGAUGGCAUUUACCCAUUAUUUAGUUCAAGCAUCGCUCUAAAACAUGUGUCAUCGGCAUGGAAGGACGGUAGAGUGGCGUUUAUUCCCAACCCUGGGAGUGAGGGCUACACUGCUGCAAAAAAUUUCAGACCGAUCAGUCUAGCGUCUUUUAUUCGAAAGACGCUCAAGAGGCUGGUUGAGAGAUAUAUCAGAAAGGAGGUACUUUUGGCCUCACUGCAGCACAGAGGGCAGCAUGCUUUUCAAACAAGCUGCUCGGUAGAGACGACACUCCAUGCUGUUGUGGCAAAAUUGGAGCAGAAAUUGGGACAAAAGUGGUAUGUUGUGGAAACGUUCUUGGAUAUAGAGGGUGCCUUCAUUAAUACCCCUCCAGAAGUCGUCUGCGAGAGACUUUGA